AUGCGUAAUCUCGGCCGGAUGGGGGAUAUCGUUCGAAAGGGUGGGUGGUGGAUGUUGUUGGUGACAGAACACUUCCUGGCAUCCGAUCCAUGUGGAGAUCACGGACAGAACGGUUCCAGUAAACGAUUUACCGGCAUUGCGCUAACAGGAUUGAUCAAUGCCAAGAUGCGACUCCCGAUUUCUCUCGACAUGCUGUUGCAUCCUCCGUUUUUACCUGAUGAUGGCGGCAUAAAAUUUCCCAUGGAAAUCAAACGGCGUUUCCAGCUUGAGGUGCACCCGUUCCUUACUUAUCUCUUAAACAGUCUUGAGAAACAUCAACGACUAGAGAAGCAAGUGAUUUUACCUCCCUUGAUAUUUCCAUCUCCAGACGACAACGUCGCCCUUGUGGUGGGCCAUGCAUCUGUUUUUACAAAACAGGAAUAUAAUCCCAUCCAUACCGGUAUCAAAAACCAGUAUACAUAA